AUGGCGGACGUCUUUCACACCAUGGGGAUGGAAUCACUCUCUGCCUCAGAGGAUGAAUACUUGAGUGAUAUGCCGACCCCGACACCCCAAAGGAAGCAACAAACAGUGCCACCAAGGCAGUCAGAACCGCCACUAGCCACUAAGGCUGACCUAACAGGCAUGGUGACUGACCUCAAGGUAUUCUUCACGGCAGAAUUGGCAGGCCUCAAGACGGAGCUGAGCACACUUACAGGCCGAAUGAGAGCCACGGAAGACGCAGUCCAGGACCUGAGAGUCCAACAAGAUGCCACGACAAAGAAAACGCUCGAGCUCACAACCUCAUGCUCCCAGCUAAACGCCCGAGUAGGGCAACUCGAAGAUAUGGCGCAACAGAGAAAUGUCAAGGUGAGGGGGAUCCCAGACACUGUGACGGCGGAUGAACUGCCAUUCCUCAUAAAGAGACUGUUACAAACGGCCCUACCACCCAAACAGGCCAAAGGACUGACCCUAGAUAGCCUAUUCCGCAUACCAGGGUGCCCAAACAACGCCUCCGCACGGGAUGUCAUAAUGAGCUUCAAAUCCCGCUCAGACAAAGACGGAUUCCUCCGUGCGGUCAGGAGCCAGACCCCGUACGUUUUCGAAGACCUUACCUUACACUUCUACCAGGACCUGAGCCGCCAGACGCUGCAGUGGCGGGCAACACUGAAAGAAACCACAACUCAAUUGAGGGCGGCGGACAUUCCAUAUAAAUGGGGCUACCCCCGCACGCUAAUUGCCACACAAGACGGGCAAAACCACAAACUGACAGCGCCAGAGGAAGCACCACGAUUUUUACAAGCUCUAGGCAUUCGUCCAGUGGCAGGCGCCAAGAGGAAUACGACACACCGAUGGGAUGUCGCCAAUAUAACUCCGUUCACCCCAUCGGAGUCGACAGCCCCAGCGGGAAGCAGCACUAUGCACCCAUCCGGUUCUUAA